AUGAAGGAAGGCGGAUUCAACCGAGUCUUCAUUCCCACAAUGGACUCGGGCUCUCUUGUCGUGGCAAGACUACCGACAGGUAUCGCUGGCCCGCCAAAGCUAAAGACGAACUCGGAAGUCGCGGCCAUGACAUACCUACGCUCCAAAACCACACUUCCAAUCCCCAAGGUCCUAGACUGGAGCGAUGACCCCUCCAAUGCGAUCGGCGCGGAAUACAUCAUCCAGGAACAUGUUUCGGGUGUUCAAUUGCACGAAGCUUGGCCGAACAUGAACUCAGAGCAACAUAUGUUGUGCACGAAGGCGCUUUCACUGGCGUUGCAGAAGAUAGCCGCCUUGGAUUUCCCGGCCUAUGGCAGUACCUAUUUUUCAAAUGCUGAUGGGCCGGGGCCUUUAGACUCGUACAGGACGACUCCACUCGGAGAGGGCUUCUGUGUGGGUUCGAAUUGUAGUCCGGUCUUUGGAAUCGGAAUCCCGGGGAGUUGGAAUUGCGCAAAUCCAGGGGAUAGUCUGGCUAGUUAUUGCCAAGGGUUGAUCGAGACCGGCUCCUCGCGAUUACCGAAACCAGAUGCGGUUAAUCGCGAGCUCCCUCAUCAGGGAUCCAUUCAAGAUCAUAUACGCCUUUUACAGAUCAGUCAUAAGGUAAUGCAGAGACUUAUACAGGACAAGCGCAUCCAAGAUGCCGCAACACCAGUCCUACUUCGCCCUGAUUUUCACAAACGGAAUAUCUACGUCUCAGCCGAGGACCCAACAGUUAUUACCGGCCUGAUUGAUUGGCUCAACGAGCAUUGA